AUGCUCAAGAACGCGCUACGAACAGAAGCCGACAAAAACGGCCUGCGGCGCCGGCUGGAGAUCAUGAAGCAGGCCGGCGCGCACCUGAACGUGGUGUCGCUCGUGGGCGUGUUUGAGGACACGUGUGCAAUCUACGUGGUCAUGGAGCGCUGCUUAGGUGGCGACUUGCUGGAGUACAUCAGCAAAAUGGGCGCGAUUCCCGAGCCGCAGGCGGCUAUUAUGUUUCGGCAGCUCGCAUCAGCCGUCGCCUUCUGUCACGACUAUGGGAUCCUACAUCGAAACUUAAAGCCCGAGAACGUGUUUCUCACAUAUGGGACGGCGGACGACCUAAACUACGCGUCGCCCGCGCUCUCCUCCUGUAGCUCCUUCUCCUCCUCCUCCUCUUUCUCCAUCUUCUCCCCGUCACUCUCCGCAUUCUCUACCCCGCAAAGCUCCCCCGCGCGGCAUGCAAGCGCUUCCGCCUCCCCCUCCCCCUCGUUCAAUUCCCCGUCCCCCUCUCCUUUCAGCAGAAGCUCCGCUGCUUCCCCCGCCCCAUCCAGCUCGCCCUCCCCCGUUGGCUCUUCCCCCAGUCUUCCCCUCACUUCCCCCUCGCCGUCCGCAGCACCUUCCGCCUCGCGCGCCCAGAACCCAGAUUCCGGAACGCUUUCUGAAUCCAACUCCGAGCCCCCCGAUUCCUCCGCCUCUCCCGCCUCUGCCCCCGCCUCUGCCUCCGGCGCCGCUGGCGCCGCCGCUGCUGCAGGACCAGAAGCAGUACCUGCAGACGACGUUCCCGACGCAACCCCAGCCUUUUUCGCGUUCAACUUUCAGGGCCCCUUCGUGCGACUGAACGACUUCACUCUGGCUACGCGCCGUCGCAGAGGGUCGUACGUGAGCGGCGCGGUGGGAAGCCUGCCGUACAAAUCGCCAGAGAUGAUUAUGAAGGGUCGUUCCAACGAGAAGGCGGACAUUUGGAGCCUGGGAGUCAUUCUCUACUCCAUGCUCUCGGCUCGGUGGCCUUUUUAUUCGCCUAAGAAAGCGGUUCUUGAGCGGAAGAUCCUGAAUGGCCACGUUGACUUUUCCGGUGAUCCCUGGCCGUCGAUCUCAGAUGACGCAAAGGAUCUCGUUCGUCGGAUGCUGGCUGUCAAUCCGAACGAACGGCCGUCCGCUACGGAGCUGCUAAAGCAUCCAUGGGUGCUGAAGUUUCUUCUAGCGGAAUCCCAAGGGGGGAGCUCGGGCGCUGAUUCUGGCGCAGCAGGCACAGGUGUUGGGGGAAGUGGGGGGGUGGCGGUGGCGCAGCAAGUGAAGAACGGGAAGUUAUCCGGAAGGGAGGUUACUGAAGAGGGAUGGCACUGCAACGAUAAGAUGGGUGUAUGCGAUCUACACUUACAGGUGGCGAACAAUUGCUGGAUUAUGCUCUCCAAGAUGAUGCCGAAGAUGACCUGCUUUGGCGUCCCACAAGACGUGCCCAGCACCUGCUCCCGCUUCUCAUUCAGUGACUCGCUGUUGGCCCGUGUAAGAUCCAGCGUCACCGAUUUAAGCUUGCUCUUACCCCGCCGCUCCUGCACCGUUUUCCCUCCUUCCCCCAUUCCCUCUACCCCGCUUCCUACACUGCUAGACCGACUGAAAGCGCCGCCGCUGAAAUCGCUACAGCUGCUGGGUCCCUCCCACCCUUCUGAAAAGCUGUCAGCAUAG